AUGAUGGACCAAGGGUAUGGCGGCGGAUCCUUCGAGCGGUCGCGGAGGAGCCUGUCGACGUCGGCUCCCGUGCCCAACGGCGACGGCGAGUCCAUCAAGGACACCGACAUUCAGUUGCCCUCGCAGCCCCCCAACGAGGUGGAGAAAAAGGCGGCCGCGCAGUCGUCGCAGGAAUCCCCCCGCCGUUGCGAGGCGGCCGUCCGCACCUCGACGCCCUCGACGAGGAGAAGCUCGCCCGCCUCGUCGCCCCCGGCCGAAGCCGCCGUCGGCCGCCGCUCGAGCCGCCACUCGCCCCCCCGGCUCUGGCCCGUCGAGCCGCCCGUGACGCGCUCGACGCUGAGCGAGCUCGACGUGUCCAAGAUCAUCCACAACCCGAAGCUCCGUCACGACAUCAACUUCGACCCCGAGCUCCACUUCCGCCCCAACCUCGACGGCGAAAAGGGCCGUCGGAAGCAGGACAAGGCCAACCUCUUCUGGAAGGCGCUCAAGGACGAGCUGGCCGAGUUCCUCGCCAACGCGCCCGCCUUCCACGCCAAGCACGGCGAGGCCGACGACUGGACCCUGCCCUCGCUGCUCAGGGCCGUCAAGGACAUCAUCCAGACGCUCGUCCCCCAGCGCGACCGUCAGUUCCUCGACGAGGGCCUCAACGUCGAGCUGCUCAUGCAGCAGUUCCGCAAGGGCAUCGCCGACUUCGAGAAGCUCGCCCUCUGGCUCUCGCAGGUGCUCAAGUCGCACUGCGCCCCCAUGCGCGACGACUGGGUCGACGCCAUGUACGCCCAGCUCAGCCGCGGCAACCGCGACGCCGACCUCGACGAGCUCGUCGCCGGCAUGCGCAGCCUCCUCGGCGUCCUCGAGGCCAUGAAGCUCGACGUGGCCAACCACCAGAUCCGCUGCCUGCGGCCCGUGCUCAUCGAGGACACGACGCACUUUGAGCAAAAGUUCUUCCUCCGCAAGAUGCAGUCGCGCAAGGUCGACGUCGGCGGCGCCCGCCGCUGGUACCGCGAUGCCGACGUCGCCUUUUCCGCCCGCGCCGCCGCCUCGUGGCAGUCGUUCGGCGACAUGGCCGUCUUCUUCGAGGCCCUGACGCGCCUCGUCCUCCCCUCGACGGCCGAGAAGCGCGUGCCCAGCACCUUCCUCUUCGACGAGGAGCGCAUCAUGAAGCUGCGCUCCGACGUGCUCGACGCCGUCAACCUCGACGUCUGCAUGCGCAUGUACGAGGACCUCGACCGCCUCGCCCGCUUCAGCUCCAAGAUCCAGCGCGUCAGCCGCGCCCUCGACGACGGCUCCCUCGACCGCCGAGCCGAGCCGCCGCCGCCGGCCGAGUUCAACUUCAACAGCCCGCCGUCCACCUCCCGACCCUCGAGCCUCGCCUUCAGCGCCGCCGGCUCGGCCGAGUCGUCGCCGCGGUCCUCGCUGGCCCUCCCAUCCUACGUGGCGCCCGAGAACUGCGAGGCCCGCGCCAAGGCCCGCGCCGUCUACGACUCGCUCGUCGCCCUGCUGCAGUCGGCCACGCCCACGUCGCGGCCCUACGCCCGCUGGCAGGAGAUGGCACCCUCCAUGGCCAUUCAGAUCUUCCGCUUCACCGCCGCGCCCUCGGACAUGCUGCCCGCCUUCGAGGCGAAGCUGACGGAGAACGUCUGCAAGGGCCGCUCCCAGCUUUACCUCGAGGUCGAGCAAGCCUUCCACCGCAUGCUCAUGUCGGAGCUUGGCCGUCAGGUGCGCGAGUUCAAGCCUUUGUCGGCCGUCUCGCUCUUCGCCGCCGCCACCGGAGGCCGCGCCCAGGGCACCGGCGGACCUGUCCGCUCGCCUCGCGCCCGGGAUGCCGAGCUCGCCCGCGACGAGGGUCGCGUCGAGGACGUGGCCGUCCGCCUCGCCCACAUGGGCGUCCUGCACUGGAGGGUCUGGUCUCCCCUAGUCUACCUCGCCGAUGCCGACGACUCGGCCGUCGACGUGGCCAUGACCCAGGCCUGA